UCGGAGGUCCACGGAGGCUCCGCCCCUCCCGCCUGCGGCCUGAAGAAGCGGUUUGAACUCCGGCGCUUCUCGCUCGCCGCCUCCAAUAUGGCGAUGCAUAACAAGGCGCAGACCCCACAGAUUCCGGACACUCGGCGGGAGCUGGCCGAGCUGGUGAAGAGGAAGCAGGAGCUGGCGGAGACUUUGGCAAACUUGGAACGACAGAUUUAUGCUUUUGAAGGCAGUUAUUUGGAAGAUACCCAGAUGUAUGGGAAUAUCAUUCGUGGAUGGGAUCGUUACUUGACCAAUCAGAAAAACACCAACAGUAAGAACGAUCGAAGGAACAGAAAGUUUAAAGAAGCAGAACGUCUCUUUAGCAAAUCCUCUGUUACUUCAGUAGCAGCAGUGAGUGCUUUGACUGGUGUCCAAGACCAGAUGGUAGAAAAACGUGAACCAGGUAGUGGAACAGAAAGCGACAAUUCACCAGACUUCCAGAAUCAGGAGAAUGAGCCAAACCAGGAGGACACCGAGGAACUGGAUGGGUCACACCUGCAGGGAGUGAAGCCACAGAAAGCAGCCUCCUCCACAUCGUCCGGCAGUCACCACGGGAGUCACAAGAAAAGGAAAAACAAAAACCGACACAGGAUUGAUAUCAAGCUGAAUAAAAAACCAAGAACUGACUAUUGAAGAACCUUUGCCCGUUGCAGUUGUCAAGACCAGGGUUUCAAGAACAUGGACAUAGAGCAUUAAAACCAGUUUGCUCCAGACAUUCACAGUAAUUUUUUUUACAAGACCCAAUUCUACAGCAGAGCAGCUGUGCCUGAUCCCGGUGUUUGAGGCCACCUUGCAUUUUUACAAGCUGCAUUUGAUCUGUGUUCAACUGAAUGUUGCUGUAUGGUUACGGUCCAAUAGUUUGUUAUUUGUACAAGUACAGCACAACACACACUGGGUUUUAUAGUCGGUUUAAACCAUCGUGGGGGGUGGGCAGGGAGAAUUAAUUGGUCACUUUUAAGUCUGUUGUGACUCAGUUUGACCAUUUGAUGUUACUAGUGGCAUUACGUGCGAUUAUAUCCUGCAUAAAACGUGAAGUGUUUUUCAUUUGGUAAAAUUCGACUUUAAAUCUCUUGUUGGAAGUUCCUAAAAUGCAAAUGAUGCCAUUACUGUUUCACUCUUUGAGUACGAAUGGCAGUUCUUUUUUCCUUGUCCUGAACUUCAUUGAAAGUGUUUUCUUCUUCUGUGUGGGAUUGUGUCUUGACCAAUUUGAUAUGCAAGCAGAAUGCACUCAUUUGGUGUCAAAGCCUUGUGCAGUUCUGAGAGAAAGUGUGAGAAAAGAUCAGAAAGCUGUAUUCUCCAGAUAUUUCUAAAUGGACUCAAUGGAGUUAGAUUUAAUAGCAACAUGUGGUUUUAUUUUUUUGAACCCAUUAUAUUUUGUUGUGCUUUCAUUAUUGUAUGUAUAAAUAUUACCUUUUAACUUGUACAAUUAUGACUUUUUUGUUUUUUUGGACAAAUGGCUUUAUUUUUUUUUUAAAAGAGGAAAAAUUGAUUUGUGACCAUUUUGUAUUAAAAACAAUGAACUAUAA